GUCUUGUACGAUGGAAGAAUGCAACCGGCAUGCGUGAUUUCGCAUCUAUUGCUGAACAUGUUACCAAAUCCCUUCAGGGCAAAAACACAGGUCCUUGGUCGCUAUCUGUCAAAGUACAUCGCGAUGUAAAUCAGAUUAUGCGACAGGCAGUAGUAAAAGACAGCCGAUUUCUUUAUCAAGUGGCUUUAGCACAACAGCCUGGCCAGGUUUACUGCAUGGUCGAUGGAAGCGUGGUUGUAGAAGCUGAAAAGGAAAUGGAGAUUAUUCUUUCACGAUUGAAGAAUCUGUGGCAAUUGCGUCAAAGUGUGGUUGUUGAGGGCACCAGUUAUGAAAUCGGUGAUUUCACCCUCAGAGUUGCAAACAUCCUACUAGGCUCAGCCUACAAGGGACUUUUACUAGAGAUUGAUUAUCAUCCAUGCUCUGCUCCAAACGUAGCCAGCGAUUUACUCCGUGAAUUUGUCGAAAAUAUUGUACCUCCUACAGCUCAAUUAUCUUGUGAAUAUGAGUAUGAUUACGAGAGUGUCGGACUGAGUAAUCAUGAGUUUACUACUGCACAUACUGGAUAUCAAUACAUGAUGUUAUUUAGAAAUGACGGCUUGCUGUAAAGAAAAAGGCAAACAAAAACAAGAAAAGAAAGGAAUCUUCUCCCUUUGAUUUAUUAUAUAUACAUAUAUACACCUA